AUGUUUGGUGGAUGCUGGGCGGGCGAGGCACCGGGCAGAAGCCCGCCCGCGCCACCACCUCCCACUAGGAUGUCAGCGUUACGAGCGAGAACAUGCAUAACUAUACAAUACGCUAGGAGGUUACUGUAUCAGCCCAUAGUUAAUACAAAACACGUUAAUGGGAUCAAUUUCUUAAUUAAUAAACACCAUGGACCAUUUUCACAAUCACAUUUAAGUUUUAGUACGGUGUCAGAUCAACAACAGCACGCAGAAGCAGCUAAACCGACCCCUGAGAAGAAAGAAUUUCAGGCCGAAACUCGCAUGUUACUAGAUAUUGUAGCUAGGUCCUUAUAUUCAGAAAAAGAGGUAUUUAUUCGAGAACUUAUAUCCAAUGCUAGUGAUGCCCUAGAAAAAUUUCGAUAUCUUAGUGUCAGUUCAGCACAAGAUGCACCACAACUGGAAAGCACUGAUAGAGGAUUAGAAAUAAAAGUUAUCACUGACAAGCAAAACAGGACCAUAACAUUCCAGGAUAAUGGCAUUGGUAUGACUAAAGAAGAGCUCGUACAAAAUUUAGGCACUAUUGCUAGAUCAGGCUCUAAGUCUUUUAUAGAGGAGAUUAAAAAACAAGGGGCAGAACAAGCAAGCUCAAUAAUAGGCCAAUUUGGUGUAGGCUUCUAUUCUGCAUUUAUGGUUGCUGACAAAUUAGAAGUUUACACUAGAAGCAGCUUGACUGGAUCCCCUGGAUACAAAUGGACCUCUGAUGGGUCUGGGACUUAUGAAAUUCAAGAAGUUGAGAAUGUACCAAUAGGUACUAAAAUAGUAGUAUUUCUCAAAACUGAUUGCAGAGAGUUUGCAGAUGAUGGAAGAGUUAAAGAUAUAAUUAAGAAAUACAGUAACUUUAUUGGAAGUCCCAUAAUACUUAAUAAUGAGCAAGUCAACUCCAUAAAGCCAGUGUGGUUAAUGGAACCAAAAGAAGUAACUCAUGAGCAACAUGUUGAAUUCUAUCGAUUCAUAGGCAACUCAUAUGACAAGCCGCGAUUCACAUUACAUUAUAAAACUGAUGCACCUAUUAGUAUUAGGUCCAUUUUAUAUGUGCCUGAGGGAAAACCUGGUCUUUUUGAAAUGUCUCGUGAUUCCGACGUUGGAGUAGCAUUGUACUCAAGGAAAAUAUUAAUUAAAUCAAAAGCAGAAAACAUCUUACCUAAGUGGUUAAGAUUUGUGAAAGGUGUUGUUGAUUCAGAAGACAUACCACUUAAUCUCAGCCGAGAACUGUUACAAAAUAGUGCUUUGAUAGUAAAACUCCGAACAGUAUUGACAAACCGAUUCAUCAAAUUCAUGUGUGAUAUGGCUCAAAAAGAUCCAGUUGGUUUUGAUGCUUUCUACAAAGAUUAUUCUUUGUUCUUAAAAGAGGGGAUUGUCAUGAGCCAAAGUCCUUUGGAAAAGGAGGAUAUUGCUAAAUUGUUACGUUUCGAGUCAUCCAAAUUGGAGGCCGGCGUCAAGACUUCACUCGCCGAUUACUGCUCCAGACAAAAGGAGGAUCAGAAGACUAUUUAUUAUCUGGCAGCACCUAACCGGCAACUUGCCGAAACGUCUCCGUACUACGAAUCGCUUAAAAAACGUGACCUGGAAGUGUUAUUCUGCUAUGAAAUGUAUGAUGAACUGGUACUCCUCGAACUCAAAGAAUUUGGUCGUCGCUCAUUGGUAUCCGUGGAAAACGAUAUGCAGAAAGACUCGACUGAUAAAAGUGAUACGAUUAUUGGUAGUGACGACUUGCAAAACAGUCAAAUUAAUGAAUUAGUAUCUUUUCUGAAAACAAAUUUGGACGGGAAAGUAUUUGAGGUCCGGACCACGCAAAAAUUAGAUACUCAUCCCUGUGUGAUCGUAAUACCGGAAAUGGGCGCUGCCCGACAUUUUAUUCGCACACAGGCACAAAAUCUAACCGAAGAAAAUAGAUUUGCCUUAUUGAGACCACAAUUGGAAAUUAAUGCAAAGCAUCCGAUAAUCAAAAAGCUACAUAAACUUAUUUCUUGUGAUAAAGAAUUGGCAAAUAUGGUGUCCCAGCAGCUGUUCUCAAAUGCAAUGGUUACCGCGGGCUUAGUUAUGGAUCCAAGAAAUCUAGUCAUUCAUAUCAAUGAUCUUCUGGUGAAAGCUUUAGAGAAACAU